GUGCUUCUUCUUCGUGCUGUGCUCUUGCCAUGUUUGCGGAAGCUCGGUGACAGUAGCUGUAGCAGCUGAAGCUAAUCAAACUCAAACUUGUUAUUUGUUUGUGCUUAAUCCGUGUUAACAAUAAAAGAUGAACCUACCGAAGGGUCCCGAUUCCCUCUGCUUCGACAAGGACGUUUUUAUGAAAGAUGACUUUGACGUUGACCAGUUUGUCUCAGAGUGUCGGAAGAAGGUCCAGCUGGAGGAGAUGAGAGAAGACCUGGAGCUCUACUAUAUGCUGCUGAAAACAGCCAUGGUGGAGCUCAUCAACAAGGACUAUGCAGACUUUGUCAACCUCUCCACCAAUCUGGUUGGGAUGGACAAAGCCCUCAAUCAGCUCUCUGUGCCUUUGGGACAAUUGCGAGAAGAAGUUUUGGGCCUCCGCACAUGUGUGAGCGAAGUGAUUCAAGCCAUAGACAGUCAGCUGUCCAAACAGGAAGAUCUGCAGAAGAAAAAGGUGUGUGUACUGAGGUUAAUUCAGGUGGUGCGCUCAGUGGAGAAGAUUGAGAAAAUCCUUAACUCACAAAAUUCCAAAGAAUCCAGCUCUCUGGAAAUCAGCAGUCCCUUGUUAGCAGGUCAGAUCCUGGAGAGAAUAGCUACAGAAUUCAAUCAGCUGCAAUUCCACGCUGUACAGAGCAAAGGCAUGCCCCUGCUGGACAAAGUCAGACCUCGUAUUGCAGGAAUUACCUCCAUGCUGCAGCAGUCUCUGGAGGGUCUGCUGAUUGAGGGUCUGCAGACAUCCAACGUUGAGAUGGUGCGUCACUGCCUCCGGACUUACGCCACAAUAGACAAAACUCGAGAUGCAGAGACACUGGUGGGACAGGUGCUGGUCAAACCGUACAUGGAGCAGGUAAUAAUAGAGGAAGUUGUGAAGUCCAAUGCCAACGGUCUCCAGCUGAUGUACUCCAGACUGCUGGAGUUUGUCCCUCAUCACUGUAGACUGUUGAGGGAGGUGACGGGAGGAACCAUAGCCAGUGACAAAGCAGACACGGUGCCAGGUUAUGAUUUCAUGGUGAACUCGGUUUGGCCAGAAAUUAUCAAAGGAAUUGAAGAAAGGCUCUCUUACCUCUUCAACCCCGGAAACCCUGACAUUUUCUACGAGCGCUACAGCGUCAGUAUGGAGUUUGUGCAGAGGUUUGAGCGUCAGUGCAGUUCACAGGCCAGUGUGAAGAGGCUGAGGCUGCAUCCCUCAUACACCAGCUUCCACAACAAGUGGAACCUGCCCGUCUACUUCCAGCUACGAUACAAGGAAAUUGCUGGAACUCUGGAGAACAGCAUCAGUGAUGGACUUCAGGCAGCAACAGCCGACAGUACAUACCACCUGAAGGUGUCUGAGGUUCUCUGGUCCUGUCUGGUGAGGUGCUGGUCAGACAAAGUUUACCUGUCACUUUUGUCGCAUCGUUUCUGGAAACUCACACUGCAGCUAUACGCACGAUAUGCCAAGUUCCUGGAUGAGGUAAUCCUUAAAGCACCAGUAAGAAAAUUCAGUAACCAGAGUAUUCAGAUCUUGUAUAUUAUUAUUAGAAGACAAAUUAUAUUUUGAUGAUAAACAUGCAGAAAAGAUAAAA